AUGGACGGAACAAGGCGGAUCAUGCUCCUGGGGAAGACCGGGACAGGAAAAAGCAGCUUGGCCAACACCAUAUUUGGAGCUAAUGUGUUCGCAGUGUCCAACUCCCCAAACUCUAUGACCCAAGUGUGUCAGUCUGCCUCCUACAUGGCCCACGGCAGGCCCCUCACCCUCAUCGACACCCCAGGACUGUUCGACACAGACCCGAGCCGCGCUGCCCAAUAUAGUCCUGAAAUACUGAGGUGUCUGGAAAGUUGUGCCCCUGGACCUCACGCCUUCCUGCUGCUUCUGAAAGUAGAGAGGUACACGGCACACGAGCAGGCAGCGGUCGACAUGAUCCUGCAUCUCUUUUCAGAAGAAGCUCUCCGCUACACAACUAUCGUUUUCACUCAUGGCAAUGACCUCCCCAGUGGCCAAGGAAUUUAUGAAUGGGCUCAAAACAGCCCAGCUUUGAAAGAUCUGCUGUUGAAGUGCAGCAACCGCUGCCAUGUUGUUGACAACAGAUACUGGGGUAACCAGCAGGGGGCAGAAUACAGAAACAACUACAAACAAGUGCAGGAUAUCCUCUACUCUGUCGACCUGGCAGUUCAAGCUAACGGCGGCACACAUUUCACCAGCUACCUCCUGCAGAAUAGAUCUCUGUGGCAGAGAUUCAGAGAUGCCCCACUCGGGAUCCAAGUGGCUGCGCUUUUGGGCGUUGGUGCAGUGAGCGUCUUCUUGUACCAGGCCAUCCCCUGGGCCACGGUCACUAGCUGGGUGGUAGCGGCCUCGAUUGGAGGAAUUCAGUGGGCAAGGCAGAAUUUUCCAUCACAGGAACAACUUCAGAAUGCUAUAUGCUAUCUUGGCCAUCUGCAAACUCUGUUUAACAUACUUCAACAAGCACAUCAAAGUAGCGGAAAGCAAGGGUGCUCUCUGAUGUGA